AUGUCGGCAUUUGAAUUAAUUGAAAUAUUAAACAGUUUAUUAAAUAACUUAAAAAACAGAAAGAAUGAACAUUUUAUUAAUACUGAAAUGGAGAUAAUAAUUGAUUCUAUUGAAGAAGAGAGUUAUUUAGUUAAAAAAGAAUUUGAUAUAAAUUGUCAAAAGUUUUACGAUUUAUGUAUAUCAUAUAUUCAAAAGUGGACAUUACCUAACCAGGCACUGAUGGUUGAAUUAAAUUGGUUCCACUUAACAAACAAAAAUACAGUGACAUGGAAUAAUGCUAAAAAUACAAUAAAGAUGAUAUCAAAAUAUGUUAAAGUUAAUGAAGAUGAAUACUUUGAUGAGUUUAUGGCUUUUAUAAACAUUUUUCAAGACAAAUUUGAUGACUGGACAAAAAAUGUUAUUUCAGUAGAACAAAAAUGGGUACAAAUAUUUAAUAUAUUUAAAGAAAAAGAUGUAAAUGUAUUAAAUCUUGAAAUGGUUGUAGAGUUUGCAUUUUGUUUACUUGGGUCAAACGCGUCAAUAGAGCGAGUAUUUUCUUUAAUAACACCUACUUGGACUGACGUUCGAAAUCAAAUGGAUACUAAAACAAUAGAAUGUUGUCUGAUAACAAAAACAUAUGGCUUGAGUUGUAUUGAAUUUUACAAUGAAAUAAUAAAAAAUCCUACAUUUCUGAAGAAAAUACACAGCACUGAAAAAUAUAAGGUCUCCUUGGACGACAAAAAUAAAGAAAAAUAA